ACUAACGCUCCCUUUCCUCCCCCAGAUGUGGCAGGACAUCGAGACGGUGCUCCUGGGGGACACUGAGCACGCCGCCCCCCCGCAUGAGCCCGUCGUCCCCCCAUCCUCUGCCUGCACGCCCUCUUCAGCCUCCACGGCGCUCUUCACGGCGCCCUCCCUCCCCCAGACGCCCUCCAUCCUGUCUCAGGCCCUGACGGCCCCCCUCACCCCUCGCCCCCACUCCAUCCACUACUCGGCCUCCUUCUGUCCCCCUGCCGAGGCCAUGAUGGGGGGCAUGGGGGGCGGAGAGGAGAGUCAGGGCGGUUACCAUGUGCCGGGUGACGACGGGCACCACUUCCGCGGCGCCUCCCCGGCCACCACGCCUAUGGACACCCAUUACCCGGGGCAGUACGCCUCGCCCUACCACGCCUAUAUGGACGGCCUCGACGUGGACGCCUACGUGUCGGAGGAGAUUAGUCAUCCGCAGUACACCUCCAGCGUGAUGGACGGGCCCGCCAUGGUGCAGGCCGAGGACUUCGUGGACCUGGACGCCCUGGCCAAGCGGGCAGCGGAGGGUCAUUACUGCUGUGACCCCAGCACCGCCCCGGCCCCGCCCCGCCAGGACCCGCCCCAGCAAUUCCAGUUCCCAGCCCCUGAGGCACCGGCCAAGUUGCCCUCCAUCACCCUGCUGCAGCCCCGCACCCUCACCUCCACCACCUUCAGCACCACGCUGCCGCCCGUGUCCGCCGUCAUCAACGCCCAGCACCAGAUCCACCACCAUCAGCCGGGUGACGGCGUUGCUCCCACCAUGGCGGCCCCAACCUCCAUUUCUGCCCCACAGCAGCCGGGUCUUCACCAGGGUGUUACGCAAGUAACGUACACGCACGGCCAGAUGUCACCCCCAGCCUCGCCCGACAACGAGGAGCUGCCCCCCGGCGUGCGUGUCUCAGGCUGCAUGACGCACAUGACAGGUAGCAACGCGCCGCCCCUCACCACUCACGCCCUCACCAGACAGACCCUUCAGACGCUGGUGAAAGUGAUGACUCCCCCGUCCUCACCCAACUUAUCAGAGCUACUCUCCACGCCCGUCACUACCGCGCCCUCCUGCCAGGCACUUACCCUCACAGACUCUGAUCGCAGCAAGCAGACGACCCGCGAGCCGCCGGCGCCGCCUCCGCCCGACGAGCCGGAGCCAAAGGUGGCCAAAAAGCCGACGGGGAGGAAGAAGAUCACAGCUCACACGUGCCAACACCCCGGCUGCCACAAGACCUACACCAAGUCGUCCCACCUCAAGGCGCACCUCAGAACCCACACGGGCGAGAAGCCGUACAUGUGCCACUGGAAGGGCUGCGGCUGGAAAUUCGCGCGGUCGGACGAACUGACGCGACACCUUCGCAAGCACACGGGCGACCGGCCUUUCCAGUGCCGGCUGUGCGAGCGAGCAUUCUCACGCUCCGACCACCUCAGCCUCCACAUGAAGCGGCACGUCAGCGUGUAGCCGCCCGCACGCCCGCACGCCCGCCUUGUAUAUACUUACUCGGUGUACAAAGGUUAGGGGGCGACACCCUGGCCUGACCCAAGUUACCAGGAGACCCCGGCCAUUGCCCUCCUGCCCUGUCCCGCCCCGCUCCGCCACGCCACGCCCCGCCCCGCCCCGCCCACACACCUCCCGUCUCGCCCCAGCCCGCCCCGCUACCCCUUAUAUUAAAGGAAAUUCACUGUGUUUAAGUGUAAAGGAGUAACAAAACUGAAUGUUGGCUGCGAAAACACUCAACGCGCCUCCUGAUCUGACAAACUUUCCCUCGGUCCCUUCUCUUCCUCUAUACAGGUUACUUUUAACUCAUUCAAUUAGCAAAACCGAAUCCCAUCAUUGCUAUUUGAUCAACAUCAUUUGAGUUCCAUUUUCGUCUCCAGACUUUUGUCCUCCUACUCGCGCGCCUCCUCUAUUUCUCGAUCUACAGAACCCUCCCCCUCCUCCUCCUUCUCCUCCCCCCGCAGAGUCAAAUGUUCUCCUCCCAGCAGCAGACGCAGCAGCCACGUCGGGCUCUCAGUGCUGCGUGGACGUCCCGCUGUGACAACAUAAACAGACACACACAAACUAAAUAAACAAAAGCAAAAACCAAGCUAAACGCGAACGACCCCGCCGCCGCGAAUCCCGUCUUGUGACACAGGUCAAGUGGAACAGCGGGCAAGGUUAAUUGAGCGAGGGAAGAAAAAGAAAAAAAGUGUAAAGUUAUUCAAAAGUCCAUCAUGAAAUACGAGGAGAAAAUAUUUAUAAACACAUGCAACGGACGCACCUUUAAAGGGCAACUUUCACAAGGUAGGGAGAGGCGAAGAUGGGGAAGAAAUAUCACCUGAGAAUUUCCUUACGUCGGUGUUGUUUCUCGCACACGUCAGGGAAUGAGACUUGUUGGCGGGGAGACAAACGUGUGUGAAUGCGUGUGUGUACGUGUGUGUGUGGAGGCGAUCGCCGAGACAUUGACGUCCCGGCGGACCUUCACUGGGGCGCAGAGUGUCUGUCGUUUUCUUCCCGCGGCUCAUCGUUCUCACCCAAUAAAUCAGAAAGACAUUGUUUGCUCACAGAGUGCCAUAGCUAAACUUUUAUGAAGAGAGUAUAUUAUGAAACACAAUAAGCUUUUCCUUCAGUCGCGUGUUGGGCUUGAAUUAUACAGAGCGAUAAAAGGUGAAUAAUAUGUGUAAAGGCGGAGUUUAAAGAGUAUAAGCACGAACGUGACUACACCCCCGGGGGUUAGUCAGCAGCUUUUUAUAUAUUAAGAGGAAAAAUUAUAUUACCCUGAAACGGGAAAGCUAGUCCGGGUGCCAUGGCUCGUGGGCCUUGCGUCGGGCGUCCUUAAGGCUUAGAUUCCCUUGCACCGAUGCCAUAUGCGUCACGGGAAGGGAGAUAGAAGGAGGGGAGGAAGAGGGGAGAAGAGGGAGAGGGGCACGUCACGCAAGGCUUUUCCUCUCUUCCUCUCCUCCCUCAUUCUCCCACCAUACCUUGUCCUAUCCUCCCCCACCCGCCUCCCCUUCCCCAGCCCCCCCUUCCCCUGCGCUUCCCGGAGCUACUGUUUCAUCAGGGUAAUGGACGGACGCGCGGCUCAGGGCUCCCCCGGGCACUCCUUCCUGAUACGAGCCCACGCAAGGCACGGCUGACACGCCACACUCACGCCCUGCCUCGCCCCCUCACCCCUCACUCUUCUCUUCCCUUCCCUCCUACACCUCCUCACCCCUCACAGGCCUCAUCCAAUCUGCCUCCCACUCCCUGUAACAACCCUCUCACCCCUCCUCAUUCCCUGCCUCACUACCCCUUGCCCCCUCCCCCUCCCCCUUCCCUUCCCCGCAACACACACAUAUAACUCCCUACCUUGCCUACCUCUCAUGUCCCUCACACCUUGUAUUCAUUAACAGAUAAUUAAACGACACCUGGAGGAACACCUGGAGGAGUACCAUGGGCAAAAGGAGGAGGAGGAGGAAGAGGAGGAGGAGGAGGAGGAGGAGGAGGGAAAAACUAUGUUUGCAAGUCCUGCCCGUGACAGGACGAAACAGGCGCCCAAAGUAGCACAGGGCGACGGUCAGGGUGGACGGGCGUGCGUGUGUGUGUGUGCGUGCGGGAAGCAGGUUGCAGGUGGAGAAAGGAGCUGUUGGAGGUGCAGGAGCAAGUAAAUACAAGGGAGAUCCUUGUGCCCUCUGGUUAACUCUUAGACUCGUAGUUCUUAGUGAAUAUUAAGUGUUGUAUUGUGGGUGCCACGCCGCCGCUGCCGUCACCGCCGCCGCCACCACAAGUAGGCGGGGCGGGGCGGGGCGGGGCGGGGCAGGUGUCCGUGUCCGGUCGAGACAUACCUGUACGUCAGUAAUUAAGGUGCUUGUGCCUCGGAUCGACAAGAGGUCAGAUGUACACAUUAUAUCCAUUUCAUGUUUCUUCCUUUAGAGAGAAAAGACUUAUUCCAGAUGUCUGUUUUCACUUAGUUUUUGGCUGAGGUUGUGUGUGUGUGUGUGUGUGUGUGUGUGUGUGUGUGUGUGUGUGUGUGUGUGUGUGUGUGCGCGCGCGCGUAAAUGCACGUGCGCGUGUGUGCGCGCGCGCGUGGCUGUGUGCACAGUGACGGACAGACUGUAUGUAUGUGCAGCAUGGACGGGGAGGAGCCUCGUCCAUGCACAUCUCAAAUGUAGAAUUAAUUUUGACAAUAUUGAUAUAUUUUUCUCCCGCCCUGCCUCCCGUGGCCUUGCAGAAGCUGGUUGAGUCUCUGCAGGGAGUGGAAGGGCCGGGCGGGGCGGGGCGGGGCGGGGUAAAGGCUAGGUAGUGACCAAGGCGUUGUAUCCAGUGUCAGGGCAAGCGUUCUGCACCGCGGGGUCUGUAAGGCACCAGCCAUGCACCUCGCGCAGUUGCAGGCUCAAAGGUCACCUGCCCCUGAGUGACAGAGACCGACCCUCCCGGUAGGGUGCCGCGCACCGCCACGCCCAGCCGCGCGAAGCCUCAACACCUACGCUCCAUGAACCUGGCGGCCGUCACAGCCCUCCCGAAUAGACAAUACAGGUCCUCGCCGCCAAGCAGCCCCGGCGGCCUCAGGCUCCACCGGCAAAACGCACCGCCAGGAGCCGCACCUUGCUGCUAGAGUUUGUGUGCCUCCCCGGCCCUCUGCCGCUCGUGAGGACGCAUCAAGCCUGGCAGCCCGACAUCAGAGUUGUGAGUGAAUUAGUGUUCAUUAACCCCGUGACCCCCGAGGUCCCGAGGGCAGGGAGAGGGCGGCCACCCCCCUAGGCCGGUGGGCAGCCCGACAAUAACACCUCUCGGCCGCGGGGAGAUAGUCUGUUAGUCCGGAACACAACAAUAACACUGACAAUAACCAGCGGCGCCGCAGCCCCGCCCCGGCCCUUGUGAUACUAGUCCUUAAUGAAGUGCAUUGUGGGUAGCGUAGUGUGUAGUGCGCGCUCGCCCUCACGUCAGUCUAAUGUUCGCUUGUAUCUCGUGCUCAUCCACUUAAUACAGUUAAAACUGUCAAAAAUAGAAAUACUAUAAUUAAGAUUAAGGUUUUAACAACUUAUCUUCCUCUUCUGCCAUCUCUUGGAUGGCCCUGCUGGGCGGGCGGCACCGCGCAACUGCUGCUGAUCAUCAUGAUAAUAAGUGGGAAAGGAGCGCCCCCCACGGGCCCCCCAACCUGGUCGCCUCUUGGUCCAGGCUAACAAGCAGCCAGUCAUACUCUAAGUGACCCUUCAAAAGGACCCUUACCGGCAGCGGGGCGCCACGAGGAGCCCAGCGCCGCCGCCCCCCGCAGCCCGGUGCCCCCAAUCCGGUACCUGAUGACGCGGCGACCAGCCCAGCGGGGAGCCGAGGCUUGUGUCUGUCUGUCUGUCUGUCUGUCCGUUUGACUGUCUGUCUUUUACAUUAUGUAUGUUCAUUCUUGUCUUUCUUCUCGGUUUGUAUUCUCAAGACGUCAUGUUGUAGGGCGAUCCCUUCUGUCUCGUGCAAUGAUGUCGGUUGUAACUUUAAUAAUUUAUCAAUGAGAUUUAUAUAAAUAUAAAUAUAAAUAUAUAUAAACAUAUACGUUCGUCUGUAUACCGUGCGGCGGGGACGUGUGUGUGUGUGUCUGUCAGUCCCCCCGACGCGUGUGUGUAUGUGUGUGUAGCCGUGUUUUCUCUCCCUCUCUGUGUGUGUAAACAAAAUAUGAGGCUGAUGGUGCAGUGAGAGGCAAAGAUAAGGCCGGCAAACAAUAAAAGUUACGCUAUCAUGCUGGCAGCCGUGGCCAUUCUUCUCGUUUAGGCGUCUCCUCCCCCUUCCAUGGCUUCCCUUAACGCCUCCCUAUCCUCUACCCCGGCUAGUGAAGACUCGUACACUCCCUUACACCUUCAAGUAAUCAAAUAUAAUAAAUCAAAUAAGAAAUAAUCAAAUACAUUCAGUGGAUCUUGCUAUGUGCAUCUUAUCAUUUUUCAAUCCUUUUAUAUUUGUCUUUUGUAGUUCGUUCUAAAUACUUUUGCUUAAUACAGGGGAGUGAAGGGGAGAGAGGGGGAGAGGGAGAGGGAAGGGGAGAGGGAGAAAGAGAGGGGAGAGAGAUAUUUUCUGCUUUAUAUAACUUUUAGCCAUAACCUGACACUCGAUGCAAACCACUUGAUGGAUAACGAGGCUUUGAAGUAGUUACAUCAAUAAUUAAUAUCUUGCCUUUCUCUCUCUCUCUCUCUCUCUCUCUCUCACCUACCUUUAAUUAUCUACUUGCUAUAUAUGUACCUUAUUAAAUUUACCGUUCUGUCUAUCUUUACCUGUCCUCCUAUUACCUACAUACCUACCUGUGUUUAUUCAUCUACUUAUCAGUCUGUGUACCUCCGUAUGUAUCUGUCUAUCUUUAUAUGUAUCAAUGUAUCUAUCUAUCUGUCUUUGUAUCAAUCUGUCUCUAUGUAUUUUUAUUUCACGCUGUGUAAAAGUAACCCCAUAACAUGAUCCAAAUCUCAACCACCAUUACCAUCUCGUCCUCAAAAUAUAAGAAAACACACAAAAAAAAUACAUUCGCUGUAAGAAACCCUAAUAAAAUAAUAAAAUAAUACUUGUUUAUUUUUUAUAA